GGAGGGUGGAGGGGAUUUGGGCGUGCGCGCCAAAAGGGGCGGCGAGUCGGACAGAUCUGAUCUUCCUCCCAUCUUCGUGUCCCCCCCCCCCAUUUCUGGAGAGGUCGAGAGAGGGCCCUGGCGCCCGAGGGCUCCCCUCCAGCCCGCUCUCCUCGGCAGACAUCCUCGCUCGCUCGCGCCCCGUCCCGCCCUCGCCGCUCCAAGGCUUCCCCGCUUCCCUCCCCUCCUCCACUGACGCAGUCCGUGCUGCACCAGAUCCUAACAUGGCGGCGGCGAGGUGGUGAAGAGCGCGGCGGCGGCGGCGGCGGCGGCGGCGAAAGGAGACUCCGGGCCGAGCGGGCAAGCGCGGCGGCGGCGGGCGGGCGGUCUUCAAAAUUUGAAGCCAUGGGAGUGAAAAGCCAGAGACCUCGUUGCUUUUUUGACAUCGCCAUCAACAACACACCUGCUGGCAGAGUUGUCUUUGAGCUGUUUUCAGAUGUUUGCCCAAAGACAUGUGAGAACUUUCGCUGCCUUUGUACAGGUGAAAAAGGUACAGGAAAAUCAACUCAGAAGCCAUUACAUUACAAGAGUUGUUUGUUUCACAGAGUUGUAAAAGAUUUUAUGAUCCAAGGAGGUGACUUCAGUGAAGGAAAUGGGAGAGGAGGAGAAUCAAUUUAUGGUGGCUUUUUUGAAGAUGAAAGCUUUGCUGUAAAGCACAACAAAGAAUUUCUCCUUUCAAUGGCCAACAGAGGGAAAGAUACAAAUGGUUCACAGUUUUUUAUAACAACCAAACCUACCCCUCAUCUUGAUGGGCUUCAUGUUGUGUUUGGACAAGUAAUCUCGGGUCAAGAUGUUGUAAGAGAAAUAGAAAACCAGAAAACAGAUGCAUCUAGUAAACCUUAUGCUGAAGUACGAAUACUAAGUUGUGGCGAACUAAUCCAAAAAUCCAAAGCCAAGAAAGAAGAGAAGAAAAGACGCAAGUCAUCAUCCUCAUCCAGCGAUUCUGAAAGUUCAAGUGAUUCAAAAUCUUCUUCUGAUUCAUCAUCUGAUUCUGAAAGUGCUUCUGGGGAAAAAACAAAGAAGAAGAAAAAGAAGCACAAAAAAAAUUCCAAGAAACAUAAGAAAGAGAAGAAGAAGAAAAAGAAGAGCAAGAAGAGCUCAGCCAGUGAAAGUGAGACAGAAAAUCCUGAAUCACAGCCACUUUCCACAGUCCGUCCUGAAGAGAUUCCUCCUGUACCAGAAAACAGAUUCCUUAUGAGAAAAAGUCCUCCUAAAGUGGAUGAAAAGGAAAAAGAGACCAAGAGCAGAGAGAAGGAAAGGGAGAGUAACCCAUCAAACUGUCAAUCAACAUAUCAGAGAAGGCUGCUAGUGACUAGAUCUGGACGAAAAAUUAAAGGAAGAGGACCACGGCGCUACCGAACACCUUCAAGAUCCAGGUCACGAGAUCGUUUUAGGCGCAGUGAGACUCCACCACACUGGAGACAAGAAAUGCAAAGAGCUCAAAGAAUGAGAAUAUCAAGCGGAGAAAGAUGGAUAAAGGGAGAUAAGGGUGAAGUUAAUGAGAACAAGAAGGAUGCUGCAAAUCAGAAAAGCCCAGGAAGAGGAAAAGAAAGGAAAGCAUCUGACCACAGGCAAAUUUCUGAGAGCCCAAAUAGGAGAGAAGGAAAAGAAAAGAAAUCAACAGACCACAAAUCUAGUAGUAAAGACAGAGAGACAAGGAGGAAUUCUGAGAAGGAGGACAAAGACAAGCAUAACAAAAGCAAAGCCAAAAAAAGGGCUCGAUCCAAAAGUCAGAGCAAAAGCAAAGACGUGUCAAAAAGUAAGGAGAGGGACUCAAAACUCAGCAAACAUGAAGAAAAGAAAGUGAGACCAGGAAGCAAAGAGAGGGACUAUGAGAAAGAGAAAGACAAAGAGAAAUCCAAUGAUUUUCGAGGAAGAGAAAGGAGCAGAAGUAAAGAGAAAAAUAAAAGGGGAGGGUCUAAAACUAAUGGUCAGAAUCAUACAAAAAGUAAAGAUACGGAAAAGCAUACAAAGUCAAAGAGCAGAGAACGUGAACCAUCUAAAAGCAAACACAGCUCAAAUAGUAAGACCAGAGAGCGAAGCAAAAGUGGAGACAGAGGGAAAAGAGCCAGGUCCCGAAGUAAAGAACGAGACCGCAGCAGAAGUAAAGAUUAUUCAAAACACAAAGAUAGAGAAGUAAAAAGAAGGGGAAGAUCAAGAAGUAGAGACAGAAAAGGCACACCAGAAAGAUCUAAAGGCAAAGAAAACAAAAGGAGGAAGGAGUCGCAGAGCUCUGAGAGGGAGAAAAGUCGAAGUAAGGACCGGCAUAGGAAUCAAGAGCACAGAAGCUCUCACAAAAAAGAUGAUGCUGAAAAAAGAAGGCGUUCUAAAAGCCGCGACAGUAGCAGCUCAGAGACCAAUAAGAGCAAAAAGUCCAGUAGAGAUCAGGAUAGGAGUCCUGAUUCAAAGAAAAGACGAAGCAGCAAGGACAGGGAAUCGAAAAGAUCAUCUUCACGCAGGAGUAAGGAAAAGGAAAAAGACAGGUCCCGGUCCUCAAAAGAAAAAGAGGUCAACCAAAAAUCUAAGAAUCAGGAGCGAGAUCGUGCCCGUGGUAAAGAUAAAAAAUCUGAUCAUGAAUCGAGUGCUGGGACUGAUGAAGACAGACAUGGAUAAUUUGAUGAACUUGAUGUUUCCAUUCUGCCUCCAGGUUCUAGAGACAUGUUGGGGAACAUUUUUUUUUUUAAUGUGGACUUCUGUUUGGUCUUUUGAUAAUCCACAGCCUGGAUCAUUUGUACUGCUAAAGUUUUAAUAAACUUGAAAUGGAAAAACAAGUUUUAUGUGUAAUAUGGUGUGCUGUGUUUUAAUAUUUCAGAGUUUAUGUAUCCUGCUUCUGUGUUAUCAGAAGGAAACAUUGUAUUGCAUUUACAUUUUAAUUUAGAUGACUCACUACAAAGAAACUGGUUGGGCUGAAAAUAAAUUAAAUUUAUUUUAACCAGUAGAAAUCUGCCUACUCAUGUCUCAGAGAACUGCUGUUACGUUCAUGUUAAUAAAUAAUAAUACGUUAACAUUGCAGGACUACAAUAAGGAGACAGCUAGUAUAUAAUAGAGAUGUGGAAGGAGGAAGGAUAUUCUGCAAUUUGAAGUGAAGGUAUCGGUUUGCCCAAAAUGCUAUACUGCUGUUGCCAUUAAGGAAAAAACAAACCAUAAAUCCCUUUGGUCUUUGGAACAACCAUUUAUUAUGAAUGAAAUAUUUUCAGCAGAAGCAGUUCUUUCAGAAAUGGUAAUCUUUAUAUGCUUCUGGGUAACCACCAUUUUAUUUUUGAUUCAGGCUUCCCUGUAGCAGUGCAUUUUGUAUCCUGUGUUACUGUAUUAUGUCUCUUGUAGAAGAUUGAAUUCUGCAUGCUUUGUCUAAAGGGGAAAACUUUCUUCUAGAUAGGAAGUCAGAGUGCAACUGCAUUUAUAAGUAGGAUUCCCAGUUUUCUAACUCUCCAGUAGCCAUUUUGUCCUGUUAAUGAUAGUUUGUUGGGACCCAGCAUUUGUUCUGGACGUUGUGUAGAGUACAUCCUCAGUAGCUUGGAUGUGUAAGUUUAAAACGUGCACCGUAUGUCUUAACUUUUCUUCUGCCUGAAGAAAUGAAAAUGAUGAGGGAGAAGUCCUUUUUCUAUAGCUUGUGCUGCAACUGCUCUUUCUGCUUCCAUUUUUCUAGCAGAUGUUGAAAAGUGCAACAAAGAGUAGAGAAGAAGGGCUGAAGGUAGCAAGGGAUGCAGUAAUCAGAUUCAGGCAUCUGUCAGAGAAACCUAGGUCUACAAUGAUUCAUAAAAGAUUUAAGACUGGGUCUCCACUCAGACUUGGGAUAGGACCAUCAGCUUGUCAUCUACUUGAGAAAUGAAGGGCACAUGGGAAUACAUACACAGCACACAUGCAUAACAUCACCAGUAAAAACAAGCAAAGAACAAAUGCACAUCCAAUGUAAUGAAGUUGUGAGUGUAAGGGAUUAAAUUUUGUUCAUCAUUUAUUCGCAGUACAUCUAUACUGGGCAAUCACUUCAGUUAUUUUAAGUUUAAACACCAUGCAAGCUAUUAGACUAUGUAAGUUUCAAAAGUUCCCCCUGGAUACAUGGGAAAACUUGUCUUUAGGGUAAAAUACUUUCAACUGUUGCUUAAGUAAAAUGGAAGAGGAAUGUAUUAUAGUUUACUGUGUUCUUCCUUUAAGAAAUUAAAAACUUCAGGCUAUAAAGCAUGGAUGCAUACAGAAUUGCUUUUUGUCUGCUAUGUCAACAAACUGCAGUUAAUUUUGAUGACAGAAAUUGUUUUCACUUGCUAAAUUUGUUUCCCCUAAUACCAGGAUUGAUGUGAAUCAGUUAAACCUGAGCUUGGUGGCAUUUUUGUGAUCGGGCAUAUUUGGUGACCUCAAUGGCAGUGUGAAAACCUGACUUUUAGUCACAGAAAUAGAAAGCUGACACACAUUAAAAGGUAAUUAGCAUCCAAAGUACAUGAUGUAUGCCAAGAAUACUUCUGCCAUGUGUCUUGGUCCAUAUUAUUUCACAUUAUGAUGAAAUUACGAUAAAUCAAAAGCACCUUAAAGAUUAACGUAUUUGUUAAGAAAUUGCUACUAUGUCACAGACCAUAGGGUGUGUAAAAUGUAAUCUUCAAUGUGUGCCAAUUAAGGGUUACACUUUUACACAUAAUGAAUUGACUAUGGACUGUGGUCCACAAAAACAUACACAAUAAUUAGUGAGUUGUUAAGGUAUCACAACACUCACUGUUUUUUACUGCAACAGACCAACAUAGCUGCCCUUCUGAAAAUUAUGAUAACUCAAGUAGUAAUACUUCGCAUUUACCGUUUUGCCCAUGUUAUUAAACCCAAUUUCACAUCUAGAAAAAUGGUUAUUUGGCGAUUCCAAACAUUCAUACUUAUAGAACAAACAUGUCCAUUUUGCUGUAUGCCUCUUUUCUGUAAUUGCCCAAGAUUGAUCUUGAUGCUCAUCUGCAGCUCCUAUUUUGCUAAGUGCACGAUACGCUGUUGUGGGUUAAAGAACAUGGCAGAUGGUAAUAGCCACAUAGUUGUGUCCCACUUAGGAAAGUCCUGACAUUCUCUUUAGUAUAUUGUAGCCUCAUUAACUGUUUUAGUUGUUCCAUACUGGGCCUGAAAAAAGUGUGUUGGUGUACUGAUAGCAAAUGGUUAUCUUAAUUUCCUGUCUCCACUGUUGUGAAACCCUAAUUCUGUGAACUGCUUCAUUAAAGUACAAACCCACAACUUUGAUCUUUUAGGGAUCUGAUACUAUGUCAUUUUAUAAAGAGCCCUGAACCUGCAAUAUACCCUUCUUUAGUGUUCUUUAGUUCUUGAAAUUAAAGUAUGUUUGAAUCACUCUUCCUUAAAGUAUUUAAUACAGGAAGAGAAAUAGUAUGUGUUACUACAGCUCCAUUAUAAGUCGUAAUGAAAAACUAUACCUGUUAAUAAUACAGUAAAAUCUUUAGGAUGUACAACAAAACUCUUAUACUGUGCUAUUACCUUUCUAGAUUGUCCUAUGCUUUGUAUAUUUUUUGAAGAGUAUGAUGUUUCAAGAGGGAGAUUCGUUCUGUGUUUUUGUUUUUUGUUUUGCAUGCAUCAAAUUUGAUUGAUCUGUUUUUCAGGAAACUAAACUAGUAAAAGAAGGAAACUUUUUUUGUAAUUCCCAAAGUCAUUUUAGAUGUGGAUAUUUAAAUGUAUUCACUAGUCCUGUGCAAAUAUUAAAUCUGGAUCCAUGAGGAGGAACUGGGAUUACACUGGUGGGACCUAGCCCCUUUGGGAUACCUGCCCUAUCUCUUCCUGACAGUUGCAUAUUGAAUGUUUGCAUAGCAACUCACAUUCCUAGACUCAGUGCAUAUAAGACAAUCCAUAUGAUCUGCACACCUCAAAAUAAAGGUGCCAGGGUCACAAAGAUCAGCUCUGCACAUUGGCCUCUGUGUGCAAUGUGCAAAGAUCAGGUGGGAGCAUGGGUGGGACAUUGUAAUCCUGAUCCUCCUCUUGUAUAUAUGGACUUAAUAUCUAUCCAGGGAUACUGGAAUAUUUUGAGUAUGAUGUGAUAAUUUAGUCUUUAAUUUGUGAAUUGCCAUGGCCUCAAUCCAAAGAAAGCUGAUCAAUGUGAAAUGUUGGUGAUGAAAGCCCACUGAUUUCCACUGAACCUAACUGACUAAGGCUGUAAUUCUGGGAGUAAAUCCCACUAAAGUUUGAGGCUUACAUCCAUGUAGGAUUUUACUAUAACCUGUCCUGAACUGAGUCCUAUGUGUGCUUGUGUCAGUAUUGGAAAGCAUGCUACCCAGGUAAGUCAGUUUGGUAUUCUCUUGUACGUGGGACUACACAGAAACCACAGAGAUUGCUUACCUGUACUGUUUUUCUUUGAGUUGCCCUCUGCAGUCUUCUUCCUUGCUGCAGGUGCUGUUGUUGGCCUGCUCUGUUGGGAAUAGGGUUGGGAAUAGGCUUCCCAGCAAAACCUAACUCUAAAAUGUUCUGAAUGUUGCUCUGUGGAGUUGGCAGUGUAACUGCACAGAUGACCAUUCAAAGAACCACAGUUCCAGGCAAGCAACCUGUCUUUCACCCCAUCAGAGAAUGGGAAGCACAUGGUUAAUUAACAGGGAAUUUUUGGUCACAGCACACAUAGAAUGGAGGAAAGGGUAGCACGCAGAUGGAAUGUGUUGGCACAAAGCUCAUAUGUAUCUUGGAUUAAUAAACUGAUAUGUGUAUCCAAACCAAUGAGAACCUGAUUUGGGGGAGGAUUUUUUUUUUGCAUAUAAUUAAUUAAGCCAGUGAAGAAAGGUAAGCCCCUCGGCCUUAUCUCAUAAAAUAACUCCUACCUCUCCAGCUCAAGCAAAUAGUGUCAAAUUGUAUGUUAAGAUUAUUCCAUUGGAAGGCAAGCAGCCUGAUGACACGAAUCAGGUUGCUCUAUCUUCUCCAGUCUGUUUAUUUACACUCCAAAAACAGAGAGAUGGCCACUAGAACCAGUGGUUGGUUGCAGCAUUGGCUCUUCAGAUAUGCCAUGUCUAUGUGUGUCUGUAUCUCACAGUAUAAAAUGUUUGUUUUCAUCAGCAUUCUAAAGAUACAUAAAACAUGCUGUCCUAAACCUUUGCACUAAUAUAUUGCAAUAGUUGAGAAACGAAUUGCUCGGUUUAAAAUUUUGCAACAUUCAGAGCAUGUUUGUAGCAGAACUUGGAAUGGUUUUCAGUUAGUAUAUAUAGCCCCUUUUGCAUAUACCUCUGUAAAGUUGUAUAGAAAAGGAAAUAUAUUCAUUUUGGUAUGUUCUCUUAAAUGUAUUUUUAAAAAUAUGAUUAACUUACAGCAGCCUUUACCGACUCUUGUGUCUUCCACGUUUUGGACUACAGCUCCCAUCAGCUCCACCAGUGUGACGGUGCUGCUUGGGGUUGGUGGGAGUUACAAGUCCAAAAUAACUGGAGGGCUCCAGGUUGGCAUAGACUAAUGAACAGUAUCCUGAACUGGAGUACCUGGUCAACAUUGUGAUGACUGUUACAUAGGGACUGUUAACCUUCAUAGGGUUACAUAGUCACUGAUGUGUUGAAACAGAUGGAUUUGGGGGGUACCAAAAUAGCUCUGUGUUGCCUGAACUGAGCGUUGGAAACUCAUUGUUUUGGAAAUUUUUGUAGUUUGUAAUUCUCACCUAGGAAGGACACAUGGAAAUGUGAGUGCUUGGUAUGGAACAUGCAACUUGUAUAUUAAAAGUAUUUUGAGAAGCUAAA